AGAAGACACUCUCUAGGUGUCCCGCAUCCUCCUGAUCAUCAAGGCAUUCAGCAAACCUUUCAGAGGGUAUAAUGGAAAAAAAUGAAGAACCUCCUGCAGUUACUGAAGAUACCCCAGCGCCACCAUAUCCUGGUCCCCCUUUAGACCAUAAUGUGGUCAUCAAUCAGCCUGCACCCGAGGCUCAUCACAAUGACCAGGCAGUAUCUCAGCCUGUUACUCAGCAAUGUCCCCAGCCUGAUGCUCAGCAAUGUCCCCAGCCUGUUAGUGAGCAAUGUCCCCAGCCUGUUUCUCAGCAACAUCCCCAACCUGGUAAGACAUCAGCUCAACAGCCAGUUUUACAGUUUGUUACACAACAAAAUCAAAAUGCCCUGCCAGUGAACCAGAUAGUGGUGAUGCAACCGAUGCCCACUGAUGCUCCAGGGAGAAUGCUAUGUCCACACUGCCAGGUCAGUGUUGUGACCUCCACCGAAUACAAAGUGGGCAUACUCACCUGGACCAUUGUUGGAGUGCUGUGUAUUUUUGGGUGCUGGCCUUGCUGUUUGAUCCCUUUCUUUGUGCCGGCUUGCAAGGAUGUGGAACAUUCCUGCCCGUCAUGCAACAAUGUCCUGCACAUCUACAAACGCCGCUGAAACACAAUGUUGAAUCCCGCUGAUUAAGCAAUGUCUGCUGAACCUCUUUAAAGGUGGACUGUAAUACAUUUAUUAAGUUUUCCCAGAUAUCCUUUUACAAAUCAUAAAAAAAUUUACAUUAAUGUGGUUUUUGUAUAUUGAAUGGUGUUUAAUUUUUUAACAGAUUUGAUAUAGUAUAAUCAUUGAAUUCAUGAUCAGAGGAAUCUUUUUUUUUCUUCAAGCAAAACUUUGCUUAUUCCAAUGUUAUCAAAUGGCCUCGAUAUUGAUAACAAACACC